AUGUGUCGACUCAUCAAACCCAUCACAUACUACUGUGACGACGAUCAAACAUCUCCACCACACAUCUACUUCAACCCAGAUCCGGAGCAAUGGGAAGGAUGUUUAAAUCAUCACAAUGUAGACCUUCGCGGAAAAGUAUUCUCAGCACCAGAGAGAACAUGUUACGAUGCACCCGAUCAAGUACCACUCGCGAAAUCAAUUUGUCCCGAUUGCUAUUCUAAAUGGGGAGCUGAGCGUACCGCUAUCAUAAAUGCGCAUGUGAAGGCUAUUCUCCAACGCAUGGAUGAACUCUGUGGGCUUUUCAACAACCCCAGCAAACUCAGGGCGGAAAUGCGUUCUUCGUGUCACUUGGUUUUCGACUUUGCGAUGCAUAUAGAAAUGCCCGCGCCUGAUGAAAAGUAUACUCAGUAUCUGUCGCCUCCAAAAGGCACCGGGAAGGAUAACACAUCCAGUAGUACUAAGUACUUUGAUCAGCUCCUCCAAGUGGAUAUCCCGCAUUGGCGGAAAUUGGCGGAUAUUAUAAGACGUGGAAAUAGCGAGGUGAAAGAUGAAUCGUUGGCAGAGAUAUUUGGCCAGCUUGCUCGUUGUCAGAUUGAGUAUUGCGUGCUACAUACGUUGAGAGGAUGA